AAGGUUGAGACCCUUGGGAGAGGUCAUAAUAGGCCCUACAGAGUGGUCAGGUACUAACUACCCUUGCAAGAACUGUCCGCGGCUAAAAUGUGGCCAAGUUCAUGUCUGCGUGUCAACAGGAGCAAAACUCACAAAAGUCUCUUUCAUUUGAUUGAGUAUUACACAUCGGGGCCAAUGCAAGAGACGCACAGCGGGUCAGUUCCCAUGUUUUGGUAGGCGGAGUUAUGAAAUGAAUCCAAUUCCAGACGCUUUUUGCCAGACAGAUUGCACUCAGCCAACGAUGAGACAGACGGCUGUGUCGUAGCCCCUGGACCUCACUGAAUGGAACUUUCCAACCGUGUCCGUGCAACACCGUGCAUUCAAACCUCAACAUGACUUCAAAGGACAGGUGUGCAGGUAGACAUUAGCCUACGCGGUGACUUUGACAUGCUGGCGUGAUAGGUGUCUGUAGACUACAUUUAAACAUUAUGGAGGAACAGCACUUGUUUGGAAACGAAAGCGGGAGCCAGUCCUCUUCAGGGUCUGAAACCUUGUCAGAGGGAGAAGGCAUACAAGAAGAGCACCAAAAUGACGAUUUCAACGGAAAACACGCUUCAGACUUCGAAACUAUAAAAGCAGAAGGGAAAGAAGAAAAGAGUGUGGCAGACGACGAGGUGGAAACGGGGAAUAAAGAAUAUGGGGAAGAAGGAGACGACGAAAUGUUGGAUAACAUCCUGUACCCUCCGUCCAUGCCUUUCCGCAAGUCCAGUAACCCUGAGGUGAUCCACGGCCUCGCCCUCAAGUUUAAGAGGCAGCUCAGUGAGGACGGCAACAACCUCCGCAGGGGAAGCCUAGGAGGCGCUCUCACAGGAAAGUACCUGCUGCCCUAUGUGUCCCCCCAGCAGGCAUGGCAGACCCCCUCAGAGACCUCCAACCUGGUGCGGAUGUGCUCCACCACCCUGGGGAAGUCCGCCCCCUCACUCACCUCUAGUCUGAAGGAGCUGAGUCUUCCAAGGAGGGGAAGUUUCUGCAGGACGAGCAACAGAAAAAGCCUAAUAGGAAGUAGUCAGUCUUCAGUGCUUCCGCGACCUCACUCCCCCCUCUCAUCACAUACAGGAACGAGUCCUCAAGACAGCCCCAGAAACUUCUCUCCUAGUGCCUCAGCCCACUUCUCAUUUGCACGGAGGACUGAUGGACGACGCUGGUCUUUGGCCUCUCUGCCUUCCUCUGGCUAUGGCACCAACACACCCAGCUCCACUGUUUCUUCGUCCUGUUCAUCACAGGAGAAGCUGCACCAGCUACCCUUCCAGCCCACCCCGGAUGAGCUGCACUUUCUCUCCAAGCACUUCUGCACCGAGAGCAUCGCCGGGGACGACCGACGGAGGGGGAACGCGCCAAUGCGACCCCGCUCGCGCAGUCUCAGCCCUGGAAGAUCCCCAUCCUGUUGUGAUCAUGAGAUUAUUAUGAUGAACCAUGUCUACAAGGAACGCUUUCCUAAGGCCACGGCCCAGAUGGAGGAGAGGAUCCAGGAGAUCAUCCGGACCAGCUCCCCGGAGAGCGUGCUGCCGCUGGCGGACGGUGUGCUGGGGUUUGCCCACCAUCAGAUCAUCGAGCUGGUCCGCGACUGCCUGGAGAAGAGCCGCCUGGGCCACGUCACCUCGCGCUACUUCUGUGAGCUCACCGACAAGCUGGAGAAGCUAUUCCAGGAGUCCACGUCCCGGUCGGAGAGCCAGGAGGUGAACUUCAUCAAAGAGCUGGUAAAGAAGAUCCUCAUCGUCAUCGCCAGGCCAGCACGCCUCCUGGAAUGCCUGGAGUUUGAUCCAGAGGAGUUCUACCAUCUGUUGGAGGCUGCCGAGGGUCACGCCAAAGAGGGCCAGGGCAUCAAGACUGACAUUCCCCGCUACAUCAUCAGCCAGUUGGGGCUCACACGGGACCCCCUGGAAGAAAUUGCUCAGAUGACCAGUUAUGAUAGUGGGAUAGCUGAAACACCCGAGACAGAUGACUCUUCCCAGAGUCUGAACGCGGCCCUGCGAUCCCGACGAAAGCCCUGCGAGAUGGACUUUGAGAUGAACAAACUCAUCAGCAACGGAGCCUACGGGGCUGUGUAUCUGGUGCGCCACAAGGAGACCAAACAGCGCUUUGCCAUGAAGAAGAUCAACAAACAGAACCUGAUGCUGAGGAACCAGAUCCAGCAGGCAUUUGUGGAAAGAGACAUCCUGACCUUCGCUGAGAACCCCUUCGUGGUCUCAAUGUUCUGCUCCUUCGAAACACGACGACACCUCUGCAUGGUCAUGGAGUAUGUGGAAGGCGGUGACUGUGCCAACCUGUUAAAGAACAUGGGCCCCCUGCCUGUGGACAUGGCCAAGAUGUACUUUGCUGAGACGGUGCUGGCUCUGGAGUACCUCCACAACUAUGGCAUCGUCCACAGGGACCUCAAACCAGACAAUCUGUUGGUGACCUCCAUGGGCCACAUCAAGCUGACAGACUUUGGGCUGUCCAAGGUGGGCCUGAUGAACAUGACCACUAACCUGUAUGAGGGACACAUAGAGAAGGACGCCCGAGAGUUCUCUGAUAAACAGGUGUGUGGAACCCCAGAGUACAUCGCUCCAGAGGUGAUCCUUAGACAGGGUUAUGGGAAACCAGUGGACUGGUGGGCCAUGGGCAUCAUACUCUAUGAGUUCCUGGUGGGUUGCGUACCCUUCUUUGGAGACACACCAGAAGAACUGUUCGGACAGGUCAUCAGUGAUGAGAUCAACUGGCCGGAGGGAGAGGACGCUCCCCCUGCUGACUCCCAGGAACUGAUCACCCUCCUACUCAGACAGAACCCCCUGGAGAGGAUGGGCACAGGUGGUGCAUAUGAGGUGAAGCACCACCAGUUCUUCCACACUCUGGACUGGGACAGUCUGCUGAGACAGAAGGCUGAGUUCAUCCCUCAGCUGGAGUCAGAGGACGACACCAGCUACUUUGACACGCGAUCGGAUAGGUACCAUCACUUGGAGACAGAGGAAGAAGAGGAGGAUACCAAUGAUGAAGACUUCAACGUGGAGCUACGUCAGUUCUCGUCCUGCUCUCACAGAUUCUCCAAGGUGUACAGCAGCUUGGACCUGUCCCGUGGCCAGCUGGAGGGGAAGGGAGAGCCUGAGGAGAAGAAGAGUGAGAGCCCUCUGACUGUAGACUCUCUGAGCUGGACACCAGAGUUCACUGAAAUGCCCUCCCUCACUCAAUCCUCAGACACAGAGAGCCCCAGCAUGGGCCCUCGCCCGCCCGGCCUGCUCCCCAAGUUCGCCAUCUCGGCUGAGGACGGAGACGAGGAGUCCCUGGCCCUAAGGGAACCCACCAAACUGGCCUUCUCCAUAGAAGAGGAUGAGGCUGACGCAACCACCCCCGGAAGCACCCACAGCGGGGCUACUCUCUCUGUAGGUAGUUUCUCUGAGCACCUGGACCUGCAUCCCUCCAGAGGGGAGGGCUUAGACAGCCCUGACUCCUCCUCCAAGACCCCCAUGGACCAGGGAGGCCAGCAUGGCGGCCUGCGGCCCGAUAGACAUGGGGAGAAGCAUGGUGUUGUUGCCAAAGUCCCCAAGUCUGUUUCAGCCAGUGCCCUCUCCCUCAUGAUCCCUGGAGAUAUCUUCGCAGUGUCCCCACUGGCCAGCCCCAUAUCCCCCUACUCUCUCUCCUCUGACCCUUCCUCUCGUGACUCCUCACCCAGCCGAGACUCCUCCCUCGGCGUCAUCAACCCUAGGCAUCCAAUCAUCAUCCACAGCUCGGGGAAGAAAUUUGGCUUUACGCUGAGGGCCAUCCCGGUGUACGCAUGCGAUCGUGAUGUCUACACUGUCUACCACACAGUCUGGAGUGUGGAGGACCCGGGUCCGGCCCACAAGGCAGGGCUGAAAGCUGGUGACCUCAUCACUCAUGUGAAUGGAGAGACGGUCCACGGCCUGGUCCACACUGAGGUGGUGGAACUGCUGCUCAAGAGUGGCAGUAGGGUAGCCAUCUCCACCACUGCGUUUGAGAACACCUUCAUCAAAACAGGGCCUGCCAGGAGGAACAGCUACAGGAGCAAGAUGGUCCGACGCACCAAGAAGCCCAAGAAGGAGAAGACGCAAGAAAGGCGGCGGUCUGUUUUCAGGCGUUUCGCCAUGCAGCCCUCCCCUCUUCUCCACACCAGCCGUAGUUUCUCCUCCUUCAACCGCUCCCUGUCCUCUGGGGAGAGUCUCCCAGGUUCCCCUACUCACAGCAUGUCUCCCCGCUCCCCCACUGCAGCUUUUCGACCCACCCCUGACUUCAAUCAGUCAGGUGGCAACUCCUCUCAGAGUAGCUCUCCCAGCUCCAGCGCUCCAAACUCCCCCGCAGGCUCCGGCCACAUCCGUCCCAGCACCCUCCACGGCCUGGGCCCCAAACUGACUGGCCAGAGGCUCCGACAGGGCCGUCGCAAGUCUGUCGGUAGUAUUCCCCUCUCCCCUCUGGCCCGCACCCCAUCCCCGACCCCCCAGCCCACCUCCCCACAGCGCUCACCCUCUCCUUUACUUAGCCAUGGGUCCAUGGGGAUAUCCAAGACCACCCAGGCCUUCCCAGUCAAGAUGCACUCGCCCCCUACCAUUGUCCGCCACAUGACACGUCCCAAGAGCGCAGAGCCUCCCCGUUCGCCGCUCCUUAAGCGGGUGCAGUCGGAGGAGAAGCUGUCGCCCUCCUACACAGGCGACAAGAAGCACAUGUGUUCCAGAAAGCACAACCUGGAGGUGACCCAGGAAGAGGCCCAGGGAGAAGAGUUGAUGCCUGGGGACAGGGACCACCACACCCUGCAGAGUGUGGAGGAGACGUCCUGCGAGCCUCCGGCCAUCACCCGGGUCCGGCCGGCAGAGCAGGGCUGCCUCAAGAGGCCUGUUGGACGCAAGGUGGGCCGCCAGGAGUCUAUGGAGGAGCUGGACAAGGAGAAACUGAAAGCCAAGGUGGUGAUGAAAAGACAGGACUGGUCAGAGAGGCGAGAGUCCCUGCAGAAGCAGGACGCACUACAGGAGUCUGAUAUGUCUGGUGCUGAAGGAGGAAGAAGCCAGGGCAGAAGCCAAGGCUCAGAGACAGUCUCACUGGAAGGCAAAGCUGCCAGCACCACUGUAAAAGAUGUCCUGUACAAGAAGCUAAACACUCGGGCCAGUGAAGUCAGCCCUGAAACAUUAGUGGGCAAUAACUCUGACUCGCCACUGUGCUCCAUCCACCCUGACUGGAGCCCCCAGAAGACUGAGUGGCAGCUGUCCAGGCAGAGCAAGGAGGGUGGUAAGCCAGACAGGCUUGACUUCAAGGCCCCCAACAUGGAGUUUGCCCGGAAGAGGCAGUCAUUCGAGGAGCGAGAAGACUGCAUGUGCCGACUCUCUCCCGUCAUUCAUGAGAGCCUCCAUUUUGGCUCCACCCGGUCCAAGAGUCUUCAGCUGGACUCGACCCUGGCUCUAGACCACGUCAAGGGUACCAUGGGUAGCGUCCACUCCAGCCCUGAGGGCCUGAACCCCAAGAUAUUUGCUGGGAGAGGAGAGGGAAGCGCCGUGGAGAAACUCCAGCUCAUCUCCUCCAGUGAAGGCUCCCUCAGGAAGACCUCCUCAGAGUACAAGCUGGAGGGGCGUUUGGUCUCCUCCCUCAAACCCCUGGAGGGCACCCUAGACAUUGGCCUGCUCUCCGGGCCAAGGGUGUCUAAAACAGAUAUCUGCCUCUCUAAGAUGUCCGACGGUGAUAUGGACUCGAUAGGGACGCCCAUGUGGCUGCAAAGCCCAGUUGAGCGGCAGGUGUUGAUUCCCCUGCUAAAACCAUCUGACAAGCAGAAGAGCCCCCCCACCAGUAUACUAAGCCCUGGAGCUGUUGUGGCCCUUAGCAGUCCAAUUCCCACCAACGGGGAGGCUAGUAUUUCCAACACUGGGCUUAAAUGCAGUAGCAGUGGUGAGAAGCCACACGACAGACCUAGUCACCAUGAACCCCCAAUGGCUCUCUCCAAGGCGGAGGUCUCAGACUUUGGGGGGAAACAAGAGAGCAGGUCCAGUAUGAUAACUCACGAUCAUAGGGCAUUCCGCCACAGUGCCCACUUCUCCAACUGUGGGAAGACGCCCUCCAUACGGGAGGUCAGCAACGAAGACCAGGAGGAGGAGGUGGAGCCACCUCAAGAGACCCCAGCCCCCGCACAGCAAAACAACACCGAUAUCUCCAAGACAUCAGAUACAGUUGUCGUUCCAAAGACUGAGAAUCCCAAAAAUACUGCAGCAUCCUUCCCUGCCUCAAAGGUAGAGGCUCAAGCAACUGCCCCUAAUGCAGCUGUACCAGUGAAGCAAAGUUCAGAUUGUCAGUCAGGGCCCAGUUACCUGCAGAGCAAUAAGAAACAAAGACCAGCUGAGAGUACAAGUAGCAUCACUACAGUUGUACAAUAUAAUUUAGAGCAGACUUCAUACCUGUCAAAACAGCAGAUGGUAUACAGCAGUCCCUCGACAGUGACCACAACACAAACGUCCAUCCCUGCUCCAAUCUCUAGUCUUGGAGAUAUGAACCGAACAAGUGGUCAAAUGUCUCCAAGACAGGACGCCACAGGGAAAACCCAAAACUCUGACAAGGUUCAAAGCAACAGGCCAGUACUAAACAAGGACAGUGAACCGGUCAGUGUGUCUGCUGUUGAGGAGCUCAAAGCUGCAAACGCAGCAAGAGAGAAAAUGGCCGAAGUCAGAGAGACAAGUCCUAAAGUGGAUGUAAAAUGUGUCUUAUCUAAAGGCAUUUUGGACACUGCAACUGCUAAAACAGAAGCAACACAGAUGUGUGAUCAAUGUGAAGAUGCUUGUCCCAUUGGCAGCCAGGUAGCUAUUAGUAGUGUAGCAAAGCAAAUUAGACAAGGUUCCACUUCACCAAAGACAAAGGGUAGCAUUGCAAAGACUGGAGAGCGAGAGAAGCCAAAUUUAACACACCGACUUGCUGAAAAAACUUGGGUCAAAGGGGCUCUUGAGGCAGAAAUCAGAGUCUCUAAAAAGCAAACUGCUGGUGUGAAUACCAAAGAGACGAGUCCUGUGCUGAUAGUGAAACAGUCACCACCAAGUCCUGCUUCAACAAAUCAAACAACCAUCAAUCCCAAAACUGAGCCAAGAUCUGAGGAAGAGAGGGAGAGGUAUGAAGUGAAAACUCCCACCCCAGUCGUCAAAGUAAGCCUGGAUUCAAAACAGCAAGAAACUACAGUCUCAAUGCUCAAAGAAAUCCCAGACUCAAAGCAGGAAGAACCCCUACUCAAAACCUUGGUUCAAAGCCACAUUGUCAAAGAAAGUUUAGACUCCAAACUAAACAAAUCUUCGUGCCAAACUCCUGUCCUAACCCCAGUUGUCAGACACCACUCUGACCCGAAACAGAAAGAACCAGAACUCCACACCUUUGCCCCAACCCCAGCCCAAGUCAUCAAAGAUAACCUGGACUCAAAACAAAAAUCACCCCCUCACAAAACCUCUGCCUCAACCUCAAUGAACUCAAAACAAAAGGAAAUCACUACUUCAACUGUUGUUAGACAAAUCAUAGACUCAAAACAGAAAUCCCCCCCUCACAAAUCUCUUGCCCCAACUGCAACCCCAGUAAUGAAAGAGCCAGCGCCGGUUCUUGCUGCACCCCGACAGCAGGCCCAAAAAGAGCCUCUGACUGGAGCCAGCGCUCCCUCCCAGUCUACCCCUGUACCAGUCCUGCUGGCCCUAGCCAUGAGAAGAGAAGCACACCCACCCAACGGUGGAGCUCUCUCAGGCAGGGCCAGCGGCAGCACCGGACAGGAGGCUGUGGUCCAGACCUCCAGGGAGGAUCAGAGGAGACCGAGGGUAGAGGCUCCCAGGUCAGAGGGCCUUAGAUCAGACUAUCAUAGGUGUCUGGGUGGGAUGGAUACCACAGGGCCAACACCCACCUCCACCAGCAACAGCACCCCCCAGGCCAAACACAGUAAAGCUGAAUCCAGGGUCACUAACUCUGAUAAACAGGUAGCCUGCAGCCAAAAAGAACAGGCUGACAAGAAGAAAAGGGAGUCUGGUCAAGAGGCACCCUCUACACAGAAAAACACCAAGAGAGAGACUUUGAGAGUGGCUACCAUGGUGAAAGAGGGUUCAGACAAAGAUUUGGCCCGACACAAGCAGACCAAGGAGUCGCCACGGGGCCCCGCAAACAAAGGAAAUGCGGAAUUUAAAAAAUAAAACAGCAGCCACCCUUACUUUUGCAGUAUGUCCAAGAUAAGACAAGGCAGACAUUUGAGUUAUUCAUAGUGUCAUCAUACCUUAUUUUUUUGAGAACCGGGGAAGCUGUUACUUCAGUGUUUAUAUGGUGUGAGAGAGGUGUGUUAUCCUGAGAGGGAGUGUGUGUAUGUAGUGGUGUAAGCUUAUGCGUGGGCGAUACUGUAAAUGUGUAAUGUUUUUGGACUGAAUGUAGACAAUGAUUUGCUGCUCAUUUGUGGUCCUCUGCUGUGUGAAGAAAAAAAGUGUCAAAUUUGUAUCCUGUGAUUGUUUGGAGGUUUUAUUUUAUAAUCGACAGCAGAGAGCAAUGUGCAAUCAAAAUGUCAGUGGGCAGUUAGGAGUAGCCUUUUCCAAGGUUUUGAAUUGCACUCUGGGUUAAGAGUUCUGGGUUAAGAGCACCUCAAAUUGAAGGUAGCAGACUUUCGAUGCGUGUAGACUGAACUAUUUCACUCCCACUCAAAAAGCUUUGUGAGGUGAAAAUACAGUAGUCAUGGCACAACAUCCAAUGAACCAUUUUAGUUGUGUGACAGUGAUGCAGAUCAUUCACUGGCAAGCGUCAUACAGAAGUCAAAUAUCACCAAAAGUUUGUUUAGAUACUUUGUCACUUUUUUUUUAUUAUUACCUAGAGGUGAAGUGUGUUAUUUUGUUUUGGGUAGCGGUGCACAGCAGGAUUGCACUAUGUCCUGUGCUUCUCACCUAGAACUAUUUAAUAUGGAAUCAUCUUACGGUUCUGGAAUCAUAUUUAGUGGAAGGGGCCUUAGAGUUAAGGGAGAAUAAAAAUAAAAAAACUUGCUGUUCUUAGCAGGUUAUGGUGUAAUUCACAUUCCUUUCACAUCUCUACAUUUCUAAACCUUUGAUUUUUAUGCAAUUGUGUACAUAAGUAUGACUAAACUAACUGUAAAAAUUGGGAUACAUGGGCUUAAGUGAAUAUGUGUUUGUUUUGUAUAUAUAUAUAUUUUGCAAUGUCAUGUUUGUAUACUCGAUGAUAUGUCAUUUCAGAAUAGUGUUCCGCUUGAUAAUUCUGUGGUCUAGAAUAAGCUCGUGUAAUGUCUAUGUAUAUCUAUCCAAAAUACAUCCUCUCUCUAACAGUCAUUUUAACACAUUCUGAUAUGUUCAGUAUUUUACUUGAGGAGAAAUCAAGCUUACAUGGGGAAAUGUGCUUUUCCUCAAAUGUAGUGUUGAAAAUUAAACAAAAAACUGUGAGAGGGGCAAGUGGUUCCCAAGAAUGCGUUCAAUCGUGAUUUUGUAGUGAAGAAUUGUAAUGACCGUGUAAAAUUGAGAUGCUGAGCCCAGGAGAAAAUAUAUAUGUAUGUUAUUAUGACAAUGUGUAGAAUGCAAGCUCCAAUGAGUUAGAAUAAACCAACAAUUCUAAGUAUGUUUGCCACACUAUGGAAGAGAUUUCUCAGUCCAUUUUUAAGGAGGUGUCUGCAUCUAUUGGGUGUUGUUUUCCAGUUCUGUUUAUGUUUGUACGGACAGACAUUCAUACAAUGUGAAAUGUAUUUUCGGGUAUGGUCAAUUUAAAAAGGGCUUCAAUUCAAGUGAACGUCAAGCAAAUUUAUUGAGAAUGUCAGGGUUGCAAGAGAUUAGAUUUCAGUUACAGUACUGAAGUUGUGUUCUAGCCUUGUAUUGUUUUUGUCGUUUUCGUUCUUAGCCAGACUUUUCUUUUUCCAUAAGUGAUGCAGUAGCCUACAUUUAUGUACCAGAUCGGCCAGAUGAAACUGUGCCCAGUUAAAUGUCUAGCUAACAAUAGGCUUGAAAGGACGGAUUUUGUAAAAUCAAAAUGCACUAAUAUACAAAUCUUAGUUCAUAUACAUAAAUGUCAUUAUUCUAGACAGUUGAUGUUUAGAUGAUGAUACUAGCUUUGUGUAUCAGAAAAGGGUUGACUUUUACCCUGACAUAGGGAUGUCCUGUAGUUCAGCCUUUUGAUUGCAUACCCUAAAUAUCAAACAAAGUAGGUUUCUAAUUAUGCGAUACAAUAUUAACUCUAAUGUAGGAUAUGUCAUAACAAUAAACAAUCUACUGUAUCUUAGGGAGGCAAACAAAAAAUACUAUGUAAACUGGACAUAAUAUAUUUACAUAAAUUGCAUACUGUACCCAAGAAGGCACAUUAGUAGACAAAUAAGAGUGAUUGUAGAGAUUUUUUAAAUGUGUUAAGCCGAAUCUGAAGUUUUACUAUUCUCAUUAGUUAUUGUAAAUGUAUUGUCAAACAUUUGGCGCUAAAGAAAUUCACCUUUAAUAUUAGACACCUUUCCCCUCCUAGUUGUAGUAGUUGGGGGAGAGUAGGAUGAAAAUGUCUUAUGGAGCUCAUCUUGUCCCCUGUCAAACAGGCUCUGGUUACAGACAUAAAUUAAUCGAAAACACUUUCUUUGAAUGACGGAGCAUAUAUUUGUCUCCAUGUCCUUUUGUUUCUGACGAUCGACAUUUAAAUCAUUUAAAAAAAGCACAUUCAAUGUUUGUUUACAAAUUCUUCAUGGAUGUAUAUUUUGUAUAUUGUGUAAUUGAUUUGCCAAAUCUGUGUACUACAUCACAGGAAAUAUGUUUGAUAGUAGUGUUUGUGAUUCUCACCUACCCAGCCACCCAGUUGUGCUAUUAGACUGUUUCAACAUCUGUCGGGUCCCUCAUGGUCCUGCUUGUUUUCUUUUCUCCUUUGUGUGAAACUAGCAUUAGAUGAACUUGCUUACUAUGUUUUGUCUUUUAGGAUCUGUGCAAUAAAACUGUUUGAGUUUUGGUAUUUCACCCAAGGAAACCUCUAUGGAUGUCAUAGCUGUUGUAUAUUAAAACAGAUAUUUAUACUUCUAAAGUUGCAUAACACUGAGAAUAAAAAGCAUGAUAAAACUA